UAUAAAAUCCUAAAUAAUUCUCGAUGAUGUCCAGAAAUCAUCACACUAUUGAAAAACGUUAAAAGUAGUCUAUUAGCUGUAUUCAUUAUUCAAUCACGCCUUCUAUUUCAAAGCAGAGUUUGCUGCGACUUUCGUUUCUCAUUCACAGCAACAAUCGCGUUUCUACAGGAUUUUUUUGAUAAAGAAGUAAUGGGAGAGCACUUAGUUUUGUGCGUUGACCGACUCAUUACCCCUGAAUCGGUUCAAACACUGCAAUGGUCAGAAUCUGCAGGAGCUUCAGGAGGUAGUUCUUGCUCUCCCAAGGACCAUAAGGUUGAUAUUGAGGAUUUGAAAGUAGAGGAUGCUGGUGAAGAUAAGCCGCUGCUGCUUCAGAGUGUUGAAUGCCGCAUUUGCCAAGAGGAAGAUGAUCUUAGCAAUUUGGAGGUUCCUUGCGCUUGCAGUGGCAGCUUGAAGUUUGCGCACAGGAAAUGUGUCCAGCGAUGGUGCAAUGAGAAAGGGGAUAUAACUUGUGAGAUUUGCCACCAGCCUUACCAACCGGGCUAUACUGCUCCGCCACCCCCUCCAUCUGACGAUACUGACACUGAUAUCAGCCCGCGAUGGACAAUGGCUGGAGCUCAACUUGACAUAAAUGACCCUAGGCUUCUGGCCAUGGUUGAGCGCCGUCUUCUGGAGACUGAUAAUGAUGAGUAUGCUGAUUCAAGUGCGAGUGGAGCUGCAUUUUGUCGCUCAGCUGCUUUAAUUUUAAUGGCUCUUCUACUUCUGAGGCAUGCUAUGACCCUUGGUAACGGUGAUGGGGAUGCUGACGAUGAAGUUUCUACCUUUUUCUCUCUUUUUCUGCUACGGGCUGCGGGUUUUCUUCUUCCAUGCUACAUCGUGGCUUGGGCUAUUAGCAUAUUACAACGCCGAAGGCAAAGACAGGUUAGAGAGACUUCAGCCCACAAUUGGCGCAGCAGAAGUUACUUUUGUGCUGCCGGCAGGGCAACGCAGGGGUUUACACGUCACAAUCACGCCCGGGCCUCCGGUGCCUGCAGCCGUGCCAGAAGCGCCAACUCCUCAUCAGCAACUCCUAUAAGUCGUUUCGUCUGGGACCGAGAUGUCUAAGCUCGAAGGGAAGGUGUAACUGCUAUAUUAUGUAACUCUUGUUGUAUUGUUGAAUGAAUAUUCUUGCAAUGCCAUCCAGUUGCAUUUUUGCACUGUGAUGUUUGAACUUUAAAUCUGUGGUUGUGUAUAGGAUUCGGUUCCAGUCUGUUUCUCUUGUCUGAUGAGAGUUGGAAUAAUAAUGAAUUAUAAAUUUGAUUGUUGCAGCUCGCAA